AGGAAAAGGAAGGAGUAAGUAAGGUUUGCACAGAUCCCAGGUUGGAGGGGAGAGACCUUGGACAGUUCUCCCACUGCUGGCCUUCAGGUGGCGCUAUUGGCCCAAGAUUGCUCGGUUGGUGUUCAGAAGGGACUCUUGCUCCUUGCUGCGCAAGAAAUGUCGUCACUUUCAGAAUAUGCCUUGCGCAUGAGUCGUCUGAGUGCCCGGCUGUUUGGUGAAGUUGCCAGGCCUGCUGAUUCCAAAUCCAUGAAAGUGGUGAAGCUGUUCAGCGAGCAGCCUUUGGCCAAAAGGAAGGAGACUUAUGACUGGUAUCCUAAUCACAACACUUAUUUUGCACUCAUGGGGACACUACGUUUUCUUGGACUCUACAGAGAUGAGCAUCAGGACUUUAAGGAUGAGCAGCGGCGUCUGAAGAAGCUUCGUGGAAAGGGGAAACCAAGGAAAGGAGAAGGGAAGAGAGCAGCAAAAAGGAAAUAGUGUUGGGCCAUCAGGGGAGGACUUCUCCCUCAGCAACCAAGAGCAGGACGAAGUGUAUUUAUCGUCCCUCCACAUAUUGGAGGAGUACAAGCUUCCUAAGUUGAAGAUUAUUCAGAGGAAUACAGUCAUCUCCGUGCUGAAGUCUAAUGCAGUUGAAUUGUGACUGGUUUCUUGAACACAUUUUAAUUCUGCAACAUUGUUUACCUUGGUUCUGUAAUCUGAAGUUUACCUUAUUCCCCAGAGAAAUGAGUGCAUGAUUACUAUUGAAUGACUUGUUUGGGAGGGGAUGGGAUGUUGGCGGAGUGGAGGGGAAACUCAUUAAAUGAACACCCUCGUUACUCCCUUCUUGCUUCCCCACUUAGCCAGCCCUAAGCUCUUUCAUCUCUCUGGCUGUUCAGCUACUGUCUCCACCACCAAGCUCACAAACUUGAUGUGCCUCUCCACCUACUCCUUUGAGAAUAUCUGUAAGAUAAAUUUGUGGGAUAAAAGGCUGCGUCUGUUAAGAGAGCAUUGGGUACCUGCUGUAUACAGGCUACCAGAGCCCGGGUAAUACAGUGGUUUGCAACAAACAGUCCAUACCUUGUGGAACUUUCAGUCCUGAGGGAGAGCCUAAUAUUACAUAAUUACAUAAAUACAAUUGUAUUACAUGCUACAAAGGAAAAAUCCAGACCAGACUUCUGUGAGUGUGGAUGGAUCAAUGGAUCGAUCCACAAAGAUAGCAAGAGGCCCAAACCUCAUUAGGUAUUUUAAAGAAGGCGUCCCUGAAGAGAUGAUAUUUAAGCGGGGCUCUGAAGAAUAAAUUAGAGUUAGGCAGAAGAAAAAUGGUGGAAAAGCAUUUGAGGCACAGAGAACGCCGUUUGCAAAGCCCUGAGGUAAGAAGAAAUUGUCCCGUUCAAGGAAUUGGAAAAACGACCACUAACUAGUAUGGGUUAGUCAUAACGAAAUAGACAAAGGCCAGACUGUGAAGGGCUUUGCAAGUUCUGUGAAAAAGGUUGGACUUAACCAACUUAACCAGAGAUCAAAGUGUGUAAGAUGUUAUUUCUGUGAGAGGUGAGUUGUACACAGUAGAGGAGCUCGAUGCUCAUUGUGUUAUAUUCUAGCAGUGAGUUUCCAAUGAGGUUGCAAAGGCUUCUCUGAUUUUUUUUUUUUCCAAGAAUUCUGAAGAUCUCUAGCACCAUCAAGGGAAUUUUUUAAGUACUUUGUUUUUAUUGUGGUAAAAUCAUAAAAUUUACCAUCUUAACGAUUUUCAAGUGUACAGUACAGAAGUGGUAACUAUAUGCACAUUGUUGUGCCAAAUAAAGUACCUUUAACCUCGUU